AUGGAAUUAGACCCUAAACCUCCUAAAAAAAACAAAAAAACAACUAAAAUGGAAUAUAGGUAUUUAGGGCACAGCGGGCUUAAAGUAUCGGUUCUUUCUCUUGGUGGGUGGGUAACUUUUGGUGGCCAAGUUUCUCCUGAAAUUACAAGAGAAUGUAUGCAAGUAGCGUUUGAUAAUGGAAUAAAUUAUUUUGAUACAGCCGAGGUAUAUGCCGGUGGGAAAUCUGAAUUAGAUAUGGGUAAUGCAAUCAAAAUGUUGAAUUGGAAACGUUCAGAUUUUGUAAUAUCAACAAAAAUAUUUUGGGGUGGAAAAGGCCCUAAUGAUAGAGGGUUAUCUAGGAAACAUAUUGUCGAAGGGUUGAAUGCUUCUUUAAAAAGAUUAAGUUUAUGUUAUGUAGAUAUAGUAUUUGCACAUCGACCAGAUCCUGAUACUCCAAUGGAAGAAAUAGUUAGAGCAUUUAAUUUUGUGAUUGAUCAGGGUAAAGCAUUUUAUUGGGGAACAUCUGAAUGGCCUGCAUAUCAGAUCGUUGAAGCACAUGGUAUAGCAAAUAGAUUGGGUCUCAUACCUCCAUUGGUCGAACAAGUAAGUUGA